AUGAUGCUUCGGAAUGUAAAUGAUCAAAUUGAAGUGUUUUAUCGAAUAUCCGACGAUAAUAUGUCAUAAAAAUCGAUGUAUUGAGCCAUAUCAAUUUUUCUAGAUGUUCUCUCUGGAAACAUCGGAAUAGAUCUCACAAUGCAUAUUUUUUCCCAUAAAUAUAUUGAAAAAACAGUUAUGGGUACUGUAGUACUUUUUCAAAACACAAACACAGUCAAAAACAAGAAAUAAAUAAAAAAUAAUUGAGAUUGUGUGUGUUUGUGUGCAGCGCGCGCUCUAGGUGAGCUUAUUCAAUCUGAAAUAACUAAAAAAGAGUAUCGAUUAAUUUUCUCAUACUUUGCUCCUGGGGGUAAAAAGGUAUGAGGAACAUUAUAAAAGCAGUUACAGCGCGCGCAUUUUUUGGUUUAAAAGGAGAAAAAUCGAUUUUUAGAAAAAUUUCAAAAAAAAAAUUUUCCAAAAAUUUUGGUGCAACCUUUAGGGAGCUGCACCAUAUUGAAGCGGAUGUUGUCGAUGAAAGUCCAUCAUUAAUGAAUCAAAACCGCGUUGAGUUUGUGAAAAAAGCUUGACUUUGAAGAAAGUUCCUCAAAUUUUAUUGGAGACCACCCACGAAUUUUUCACGUGAUCACGUGAAAGGGGGGAAACACAUUUGGGUCAAAAUUUUUGGUGGAGAGUCAUCCUCACCCAUAGGGCUUUCAAAGAAAAAAAUUUGAGCCGAAUCCGAGACUAUGACUUUUUUCUUGGCCGCAGCCUUUCAUUAAAAUUUCCUUUCUUACAAAUAACCUCUCUUAACACCGUUGAAAAAAAUAUUGGGACAUUUUUUAAUUUUGACAUGAUUUGAAAAUUCACAAAAUUCCGAAAAUUCAUGAUAAUUGAAUCCCGGUGGAUUACUCAUUUGAAGAUCAGAAAUUGUUAUAACUGUGAAACAGUGUGUAUUAUGAUCUAGAAAAACUAUUUUGAGCAAGAAAUAUGAAAUUUAUCAGCCAGGGAAAAUUCUUGUUGAACAAAGUAUCUAGCGAGUACGGAAAGAUUUUUCAUAACUCUUCGAAGGGCAGAAAAAAUAUUGUGAACUUUCCGAGAACUCUUGAUAUUUUUUCUGCGUGGUCCUGGAUAGUCAGGAAAGUCUCAAAAAAAUUUUCAUAGAGAUCGGUUAAGUACGACAGUCACCAGAGUUAGUGGAAUUUGUCGCUAUAAUUUGUUGUCACCCUGUAUUGACGAUUUGUGCAAUUACCUUUAAAGGAAAUCCUUACCUUUAAAGGAAAUCUAGUUGUUCAUCAAAAUUUAUCAGAGUUAUUCUAAAAAUUACAAGUUUUCUCCUAAUUUUCCCAUAACUUUUGCAGCAACGAAUGGUCGGUUUGUGAAACUCGUCACGAAAAAGACAUUCGUCCAUGCGUCAAACAAAUCGAUACAGUAGCCGGUGAAUGGCCGACACAAACCAAUUAUCUGUACACAACUUUCAACGGCGUUCAAUACGAUGUCGAAUUCAAUAUGAAGAAUGCGGUGAUGGUGCUUGGAAGUGGGGUUUAUCGAAUUGGAUCGUCGGUGGAAUUUGACUCGUCGUGUGUUGGAUGUAUUCGAGAAUUGAAGGUGAGGGUGAUAAAAUUUGUAGAAUUUUUGCUUAAAAAUUCGAAUUAGCGCGAAAAUUUGAUUGAAAAUAGAGGUUUUCUUGAUUUUCAGCAGAAAAUUUAAGUCUAAAAACCUUUGCGAAAUUUAUCCAAAUUUUGAAAUAGUGAAAUGGUCUGGAUCAAAAUUUAGCGCUGAAAAUCAUUGAUUUUCAGCACAACAUUUCAAUCGGGAAAAUUAUUUUGAAUUUGUUGAACAAAUUGAUUGAAAUUCGGUAUUUCUGAGAGAGAAUUCAAUUUUUUUCAAAUUCUGAAUAAGCUCCUUGAAAGGGUUUUGAUGAAAUUUUAGGUCCUAAACAUACAUGUUUCUGUACAGUUUUUCACGCUGAGAAAUAUCCAGUUUUCAGUUUUUGCUGAAUGACUCUCUGAAGAGCACAAAAAUGAGCCAGAAGUUGAGAAUUUUGGGAAAAAUCGCGUUUUUGAGAGCCAGUAAUCCAUGUUAGAGAAGAUUUUAUGAAAAACUGAAUACAAUUUACCAAAGUCAUCACCCUGUAUUCAGUUUUUGAUAAAAUCUUCUCUAACAUGAGUUACGGGCUCUCAAAAACGCGAAUUUUCACAAAAUUAUCAAUUUUUGGCUCAUUUUUGAGCUCUUUAGACAGUCGCACAGCAAAAAUUGGAUCUUUUUCAUCGUGAAAAACACUUCCCUAUUUUUUUUUAAAUUACAAUCCAGGCUCUUGGUUAUACUACGAUCACAAUCAAUUGUAAUCCUGAAACCGUUUCAACUGACUACAAUAUUUGUGAUCGUUUAUAUUUCGAAGAAAUCUCAUUCGAAACUGUCAUCGAUGUUUAUAAUUUGGAAAAUCCGAAAUGA